UUACCUAUUUUGGGCUUCCUGUGUUGUGAAUUUCAAAAUGGCGGAUAAGGCGGAAGAGUUUUGUGUUGACAUAAAUGAAGACGAAGAAGACGAAGACAUCGACUGGAAUGAAAUCCAAGCAUACCAAGAUAACGAUUCAUCAAGUGUAUCUCUUCUGGGAAGCCAGAUUGAUCGAGGCAGGACUUCAAAUGAAUACAAUGUCACAGUUGAAGAUUUAUCAAGAACCUCGAACAACGAAUCGAGCUUUGUACAACCGAAAGUAGUUGGACCAUCAAGGAUGUCGUUGAACGAUCAUAAAGCAGGGAUGGAAGGAUUAGACAAAGAAAAGAUCAAUAAAAUUAUCUAUGAAGCAAGCAAAGGAUCAAAAUUUUAUGAAAACGAAAUAUUAAAAGAAGAACAAGUCAAAGAACGAAUUCGCCGUCAAACUGAACGUUUGGAGUCCUUUACUGACGAUGAUAUAGCUGAAGCUAUGUUGCAAGCUGACAGGAUUGUAAAAGAUCUUGAAAAAACUCGUGACUUGAGUCGUACAAUAGUUCACAUUGACAUGGAUGCUUUCUAUGCCGCUGUAGAGAUGCGGGAUGACCUGAGCCUACGGGAUAAGCCAAUGGCCGUUGGGUCACCGGGAAUGUUAUCUACGUCUAAUUAUGUUGCCCGAAGGUUUGGUGUCCGAGCUGCCAUGCCUGGUUUUAUUGGUAAGAAACUUUGUCCAGAUCUCAUCAUAGUCCCUGCAAACUUUGCAAAGUACCGCACAGCUAGUGGUAUUAUAAGAAAUGUCCUUAAAGAUUACGAUCCCAAUUUCUUGCCAAUGAGUCUUGAUGAAGCGUAUUUAGACCUGACUGAUUACAUCAAAGAGAGACAAAACCAAGCCAGCAGUAAAAGGACGUUUUAUAAAGCCACAGGCGACCCAACAGCUGAUGGAUCAGGCGAAAAGUUUGAGUUCGGAAAUGAUGUGCAAGAAAUUGUCCAGGAGAUUCGCUUCCGAAUUGAACUGGAAACACAGCUAACGGCUAGUGCUGGUAUUGCUUGUAAUUCUAUGUUAGCUAAGAUAUGUAGUGAUAAGAACAAGCCCAAUGGUCAGUUCUACUUGCCCUCCGAUCGAGAUGCYGUAAUGAACUUUAUCCAUGACCUACCUAUACGAAAAAUAAGUGGCAUUGGCCGUGUAAGCGAGCAGAUGCUCAAAGCCCUUGGUAUUGCCACGUGUAAUGAUCUCUUUACCCAGAGACACAUUCUAGUCCUUCUGAAUUCAAGUAUUUCUUCAAACUUUCUCAUUGCUAUUUCACUGGGUCUUGGUAGCACAAGACUCGAGUCCUCACGUGAAAGGAAAAGCUUGAGUACAGAGAGAACUUUCACUGAGCUUAGUAAACCAGCUGAGCUAUACAGCGAAUGUGAAAGCUUAUGUAAGAUGGUAGCUGAAGACUGCAAUGACGAAAAACUGAAGCCAAAGACAGUGACUUUGAAGUUAAAAACUGUUAACUUUCAGGUUAGAAGUCGGUCAGUUUCGCUGUCCUUUCCUGUAACCAAUGAAAAGGAUAUUUAUGAAGCAGCCAAAGAUUUGCUUGCUAAAGAAAUAGCAAGUUGCGAAUCAAAGCCUUUAAGACUACGACUAAUGGGAGUACGACUUUCAAACUUUGAAAGCUCUGAGAAGAAAGASGCGAAACAGGAUAAAAUCACGAGUUUUUUACGGAAAGAUGCUCAAGAGGCUUCAUCCAUGGAAAGUGAAGACAGACAGACAAGUUUCUCGAAUGAACAGGAUUCUGCAGCUGAAGGUACUUCAACUCGUGGUGAAAGUAAGAAAACCUGCUUUGAGGCUGUUUGCCCUGUUUGUAACCAGUUACAAGCUAUCAAUGACGAUGAUUACUUGGAAGUGUUCAACAAGCAUGUUGAUUUGUGUUUAAAUUCUGUUGCUAUCAAAGAAGCUUUGAACGAGCAAAAGCCAUCAACAAGUGACGCAUUAACAAGCCGUGGGAAAAGAAAACAGUCAAGCUGUAGAAAGAAUGAAUCUCACUCCAAGAAAAUCACACUGGAACAGUUCUGGUCCAAGUAACUAUACAACAUAUUUAGUCAAGAAGUGUACUAAACUUUUACAAACAAGAUACGGGUAACAUAUCUACAGAACCUGUACAAGAACUGUACCUCAAACCUAACAACGCACUUGCGCAGCUAUGAUGCAUAAAUAUAAUAUAUAGUCCAAAAGACUAACAGUAACACGYGUUUAUAGUGACUGUUUAUAAUAUCGAAUUAAAGCAAAUUUUCUCAAACUAGUAGUCAAAGUUAUUAUAGACAAAUAGAGAAAGACUAAAAACGACACAAUUUUCUACAAUAGUAGUAAAAUAUAUACAAUAGUAAAUAAUCGUAUGAGGAAGUAGCUCUACUGAUGUCAAACAGUACAUUUACAAUAGUAAAUAAAAAACCUUAGUUUAUUGGUUAA